CUUGUGUCCCUACACACUGCGACCAUGUGGGAGUUGCGCUCCAGGUCUUUCUGGCGGGCGGUGUUCGCCGAGUUCUACGGCUCUGUGAUCUUUGUGUUUUUCGGGCUCGGCGCAGCUCUGCGCUGGACCCCGGGCUCACACAACGUACUCUAUGUGGCUUUCUGCUUCGGAUUGGCCGCCGCCACACUUGUCCAGACUUUAGGCCACGUGAGUGGCGGCCACAUCAACCCGGCUGUCACGUUCGCCUACCUGGUCAGCUCCCGGUUGUCCGUGUUCCGCGCCUUUUUCUACAUGUGUGCCCAGUGUCUGGGGGCGCUGGCCGGGGCAGCCGUGCUGUACGGAGUCACGCCAGCCAACGUGAGAGGCAACCUAGCUCUUAAUACACUGCAGCCAGGCAUUGGCCUUGGAAUGGCUACCACCAUGGAGGUGUUCCUCACCCUGCAACUGGUGGUGUGUGUGUUCGCCGUGACUGACGAGAGACGCACCGACCAGGUGGGCUCCGGAGCUCUGGCCAUCGGCUUCUCUGUCCUCGUGGGACAUUUAUUGGGGAUGUUCUACACUGGUGCUGGAAUGAACCCUGCAAGGUCCUUUGCACCUGCUAUGAUCUUCAGGAACUUCGUAAACCACUGGGUGUACUGGGUCGGUCCCAUGGUGGGCGGAGCUAUAGGUGCCCUGCUGUAUGACUUCAUGCUGUUCCCACGAAUGCCCAGCUGGUCCGAGCGACUGGUUGUUCUAAAGGGCAGUUGCCACCCAGAGGCCGAGGCUCAGCACAAAACCCGGGGCGAGCUGCUGGAACUCCAGACACAGGCCUUAUAAACAUAGAGUGGAAAGAGCCUGGCCAUGCCUGAUCAGGCGGCAGCAAGAACCCUCCUCAUCUCCCACAUCACCUUGCUCCCUAAACCCUUCAUACUACAUCCUAUAACUUACAGCUUCUGCACCCAAAAUCCUUGGACUGCUGGACUAACAAUGAGUGUUAGAAGAUGACUGGCCACUGAGGGCAACACAGCUGGUACAGAGAGCGGGUCCCGCCUGCCUCUCUGGCUGGACAGGACAGGGGCUUUCCUCAGUUGUACUCCUGCACGCUUUUCUCUUUCUGGUUUAUUAAGUUGUUGAUCUUUUGUUAUUUCAUAUAAGUGACACAUUUCCUAUAUUAGCAUUGCUCAGCAAUUUAUUAGACAAAACGUUUAGUUGUGUGUGUUUGUGGCUCAUGCCACACACAGUCCUGUAGUCCACAGAUGUAGUCAAAGGGGUGGAGGAACUUUGGUGAUGACCCAACUAUGUGGGCUCAGAUGCAACCUAUUACCCAAAAUUCUGUGAGAUGCAGGUGAAGACCAAUCAGAGUGGAUGGUUCUAGUUUGACCUGUUGCUCAGCCAUUGCGGUAAUCAUUCGAAGGAGUGUUAAAUACUCCUGAACCUGUGAACAGCAGUUAGUCUCCUUCUCCGCCUGCAGAACCAUUGUGCAGGUGCCACAGUGAGAGCACUCCGGAGGACUUGCUAGUUUAGUUCAAUGUCUUGAUUCACAUUUUUAACAUAAGGUUCAACCAGUUCAUCCACUUUGGACUAUCAGCCUGUCAACAUUUGAUUUUGUUAAACCACAAAACAUAACCAAUCUUUUAACUCUUAUCUGAUGCACUUGUUUUUUUUUUGUUUGUUUGGGGUUUUUUUUUGCAAAAAUGAGUUUACAGAUAUUGUUUUUGUUGGGAAACUAUUUGCUCAGUACCUCCAAGAGCAGAGGAUUUAUAUUAUGUUCAAGACUGUUGCCUUUUCUGCUAUUUUGUAGAGAUCCUACAUGCCUACUGCCACACAAGGUGGCAUGCGCAGGUUUAAUGUUUAGCAGGUAAUGUAGCAGUUGUAGACUUUUAACUACAGGUGGUGUUUACAAACGGGGACAGUAGGGAUAACUCACAGUGUCAGUAACUGCACUGACAUCAUUCCCAGUCAGUACUGCAGAGAAUAAACUGUUUUUCAUCUCCAUCUUACACUAACCUUUUGAAGAUAUUCAGGUAAGCAGAUUUUUUGGUCAAGACAGCAUGAAGAUUCCUCUUUUAAGUUCCAAAGGAUUGUUAAACUGCAUGAAUAUACACAAAUGAUUAUUUUAGGUCACUGCAUAUCUUCAUUGUGUGUGUUUGUGUGUUAAAGAAAGCAUGUGAUUCUAAGAUGUGCCACAGUGUUUGCUUUUUUUCAUUAACACUGAUUUUACAUUUCAUAUUAAUGAUUUUCAGGCUUUUUCACAAACUGAAAUUUAAAUGACUUAAAAUUCCUGAGAAAUCCAAGGCCUUAUGUCAAGGUAUUAUUUUGUAUUAUAUUUAACUUUAGC